UUUAGCUUUUGUGUGUUUGUAAACACGUGAGAAUAUUAUACAGAUGAAACAGCAUAACAUGUGGGGGAACUGAGUUUGACUUUUAUGAAACCGUCGUAGACCACAUGGCGCAGGGAAUGUUAGAACGAGUGGUUCCGGCGUGCGACAGUAGAUUCGGGGAAAAAUAUGUACUUUAUUAUUUCGUAAUUUUGGAUAUUGUUGAGCGUAGUCUUCACACGUUUAUAUGAAUUGCAGUAGUACACGUGACUUUUAAGAUGAAUAGCAGCUCAACUGUGAAUACCUUCAUUCGAGGGAAAUGCAUGUCAAUGUGUCCAGAAAAAGAAAUAAGGAUGCGAGAGCGAAAUGGUUUGCUACAUCAGUUGGAAAGUGUGCAGAUGGGGAAAAGUGAAUCUGUAACUGGAAACAGAAGAACUAUCAAGUCACGGUGGCGAGCUGACUACAAACGCGUAAUUAAAAGCUUCAGUCGGCCGGCAGCUGGACACGGACCACCGGACCCCGACGAUAUCCGGCCCCCGCAGGUGCUGCUCCAGACUGUAAAAUAUCUCUUAUCCGAAGUUGUUCCCAGCCAGAGCCUGCCUUGGAAUGAAGUGUACGACUUUGUGUUCGACCGCCUGCGUGCUGUGAGGCAGGAUUUGGUAAUACAAGGCACGCCAUCUGUGGAAUCGGUGGAGAUACUGGAGCCGAUUGCGAGAUUUCUGGCAUACGCCGGAUAUAGGUCGUGCGAAGAGCCAGCAUCGCGCUUUGACGCGGUGAUCCACAGGCAGCACUUGCUGGAGUGCGUGCAGCGGCUGCUGGUUCUCUACGACCGGAAGGAGCAGGAGAGUGGAGGGAGCGCGACCGGCUGCGACGGUCGGGCGGACACCGAGGCCCUCUACCUCGUGCUGGCGCCGGGAAGUGCAGACGCGCUGCAGCGGGCUCUGCAGCUGCCUGCGGCGUACAGGUCCGACACGGUGAAGAGUGCGCUGGAGUUCAGCCUGGCCUGCUACUCGGGGAACUAUGUGCGGGCGCUGCGCCGCCUGCCACCCCUGCCGCCACUGCUCGCCUGCCUCGCCGCAUUACACGUGCCGCACCUCCGCAGGUGGGCCGCCUGCCGCCACUGCCGCCACUGCUCGCCUGCCUCGCCACAUUACACGUGCCGCACCUCCGCAGGCCCUGCGGGUGAUGAGUGUGGCCUACAGCAGCCGCACCCUGCGCUACCCGAGCACUGUGCUCGCAGACCUCUUCUUGGCGGGCAGCGCGGCCGAAGUCGUGGACGAGUGUCGGCACUACGGGCUGAGCGCCGACGUCGACGCCGGAAUAUCUUUCGACAAGAACCGUUUCGACCUCAGUGUACGAGUGCGUACGCCGGUCCGCCUGAAAGCAGUCGACCAGAAGCUGGCUGCGGCAGACGUCACAAAAUUGUUGCUGGGAGAACCUGUGUGAUCAUUUGGGAAGCAGUAAGCAUUAAGUGGCACAUAGGCCUACGUGCCAAAGGACAAAAUAUGUAAUCCUGUAUUGUUGAACUAGUAAACCAGUGGGGUGACUA